UUCACUAUUUAAUAACGGUGCUUAGAUUCAGUGACAAGAUUUUUAUUUUUAUGAAAUAUUCUGUAGGAAUGAUAAUUCCAAAAUAUUGUCUUCUUCCUUUGCACGAAGUAUCUACUAAAAAAGAAAAUGACAUUUUUGGUUUAAAUGUCGAAAAAUAUUAUCCAACCAUGGAAUGUAACCGAGAUUUUAAAAAACAACCGGUACGCAUAGGUCUUUAUGACAUUGAAGAAACCAUUGGAAAAGGAAAUUUUGCAGUCGUGAAAUUGGCAAAACAUCGCAUGACGAAAUCUCGAGUAAAGAUAAAAUAUUUAUCUGAUCACAACCAGGAAGAGUUCUUCUUAAAAAGACUAUACCAUUGUGAAGAAAUCUUGCCUAACUAUUUUAGCCAUCUUAUUUUCAAAAAUAUGCAUAGACUACCAGCUGCCAAGAUUUAUUCGGUUGUUUUACUAAUAAGUCAAAUAGGUGGCAAUUAAAAUAAUUGACAAGAGUCGAUUAGAUGAAUCCAAUUUAAUAAAAAUUAAAAGAGAGGUGCAGAUCAUGAAGUUAUUGGAACAUCCUAAUGUCUUAAAACUAUAUCAGGUUAUGGAAACCAAAAAUAUGCUUUACAUUGUUACAGAAUAUGCAACAAAAGGAGAGAUGUUUGCUUAUAUUGACAAACAUGGUAAACUGCAAGAGCACGAGGCACGUCGUUUAUUUUGGCAAAUUUUGUCUGCUGUUGAAUACUGUCAUAAACAUAAAAUUGUUCAUAGAGAUUUAAAGACUGAGAACUUACUACUUGAUGAAAAUUUAAAUAUAAAAAUUGCUGAUUUCGGUUUCAGUAAUUAUAUUGAAGAAAAUGAGCUAUUAAAGACUUGGUGUGGUAGUCCCCCAUAUGCUGCUCCUGAAAUAUUUGAGGGUAAAGAAUAUGAUGGACCUGCUAUAGAUAUUUGGAGUUUAGGUGUUGUUUUGUAUGUGCUUGUUUGUGCAGCACUUCCAUUUGACGGAGAAACAGUUCACGAAGUAAGAGAUCGUGUUUUGGAGGGUCGGUUUCGUGUUCCAUAUUUUAUGUCUUCUGAACUUGAAGAUCUAAUUCGUAAAAUACUUGUUAAAAAUCCGAUUCAUCGCUACAGUCUAGAGCAAAUAAAGGCUCAUCCUUGGUUGUAUGAGUAUCCAGAAGAUCGACCACCUAUUUAUAAUUCCUAUACCAGCUAUAAUGAGACUUUUAAUGGUGAAUUGAAUAAACACGUAUUGGAUGUUAUGAUGGGUUUAGGCUUGGAUAUUGAGAAGACUAAAAAAUCAUUAGCUGUCAAUGGUUAUGAUCAUUUAACGGCAAUUUACCAUUUACUGAGCGAACGCCUAAGACCAAAUCGUACAAGUUAUCCUGAACAAAAUAAUGUAACAACUCGUUAUAGAAGAGCCAGUUCGAUGGCAGAUCAAGUUAUAGUUAAAAAUAGUCAAGGUCUACCUUUGUCUGUAACACAGCAUGUGAUUCCUGCAGGCAUUAAAAUAGCUGAUAAAAAUAAAGCAGGACUCCAAUAUGCUUUGAAUGAACUUCAUAUAGGAGAAGUCGAAAUACCUCCUGAUAUAAUAAAUUCAAGUAUACCUGGUUGUGUGAAGGAAUUUUCUCCUCCUCCAGUCCCACAUAACCUUUUGCACCCUCGACUUGGUCAUUUUAGCUCUUCUAGUACACAAAAAAAUAUAGAAACUGUUAACGAAGAGGGCAAUGAUGAUACUGAAACUAAAACCGAAAAUACUCCACUCCGACAACGUCGUGGAAGAAGGUCAGCUGUUGAUGCUAUUUAUCACAAUCACCGUCGUCAUACCGUGCAAAAUCCUCUUGUUGAAAAUGAAACUUUGUUUGUUCCUUCUAACCAUCCAUUAUUAAAUAAGGAAUUUAAUGAUACACCUCCUGAUAAUGGUGACCUAUCCAAUAAACUAAAAAUAAAGAUUGUUGAACCAACUGUUCACCCCGAGCAAACCUAUGUAUCAAUGUUAAUAAAUCCUGAACAAACAUUGCAUUUAUCUACUGUUGCGCAUAAAUCGGACCUUGCUUUUAAUAUUGGAAGAAGAGCAUCUGAUGGUGUUAAUGCACCUUUUAAACAUCUGUUGUAUAAGUCAGAUAAUCUGUAUUUAAAAGAAUAUAAAGAACUGCAAAGAUUACAAAGAAGCUUUACUCCUGAAAAAAUACAUCAGCAAUCAUGCCAGUUUAAAGAAAAUACUAGCUUAGUACAUGAUUGGAAAUUGAGUCCAACAUCUAGCCAAAACGAGUUAUUGAUGAUGAAAUUACAAAAAAUGCAUUUAGCUAAUAUAGAUAAUACUUUAGAAACUGUUGAUUCAUGGGAUGCUCCAGGACCUUGCAGGCGACCUCCAACAUAUCGUAAGUUUUCAAGUUGUGUUUUACCAAUGCCUGCACCAAUAAGAAGAAGGCGUGCACCAGUGAUAGAUAAUAUUUUAAAUAAUUUUGAUAACUCAACUGAAAGUGACAUUGUUUAAUGAUUUUUGCAGUAUUAACUUUUUAUAGGAAUUUUUUUGGAAAUUAAAAACUUAGUUUUAAAUUGCAAGCUUUUAUUUAUACACAUGCUCAUGGUUGCUGAGCAAACUGUUGUUGCGUUUGUAAAUAUCUUUUUAUGUGUAAAUUAUGAAUUAAUGUAUGGCCAAUGUUUAAAUUGUACAUAUAUUUGUAAAUAAGCAUGUACAUUUUUUUCAAUUUUUUUUUUUCAUGUGACAGAUAAUUAAAAUUAUUUAUGUCUGGUAAAAAAU